AUCUUGAUCAUAAAAGCACAUUGCUGGAGGAACUCAGCGGGGCAAGCACCAGCACCAGCGGCAGAGGGAUGUCAGACCCGCUGAAUUCCUCCAACGUUGUGUUUUCCUUCCAUUGAUUUUACCGAGUGGCGCAUCGAGCGGCGGCUUUAACUCGUCACUGCUCCCGCACGGUGACAACACGUCCACUUCGAACCAUCAUACCCGGGUUUCGAGGGGAACAGAUACGGUUUAAUGUAACCACCUCCGUGCCCCACCUCACACCUCACGCUGUCAUUUUGAAUACCCAGUCAUGCGGAAAGGAUCGUGACGAUAGCAUUUUGAACGUUGCGUUGGAGACGCAAUAAUGUAUGUUUAAGUGAUUGGCUGAUUGCUGUCGGCGUGGGAACUGCAGCAUGGCGGGCAGGGAUGGGAGAGACGUGUCCCACAUCAAAACGAAGUCUCAUUUCAUCACAUUGAAAAAAGGAAGAGCAGGGUUUGGGUUUAACAUCUUGGGAGGCAUAGAUAAACCUUGCUAUCCUGGAAAUUGUGGAAUAUAUGUGGCUAAAAUAAGAGAAAAUGAAUCUGCAGCUCUUGAUGGGAGACUUCGAGAGGGUGACAGGAUUUUGGAGGCUGGUGGCAUUUCACUUGAUAAUAUACUUCAUGAAGAUGCAGCAAAGGUCUUCAGGAAUACAACCAAUGACGCGUUAGUAUUACGAAUUGAGAGGCAGGGUGAACCAGACUUUGGUGAAGAGAUGAGUCCAUCCAAUAAAUGGAGUCCAUCGCAAACCUUGCAGUACUCUGGAAAGAAGCGUCAAAAAUGGUACCAACACUCAAGGUUUCACACAGCCAGAUUACCAUGGAUCAUCCUGGCAUCUUCUGUAGUGACCAUAGCCAUUGUGAUGGGGGCACUGAAAAUAUCAGCAGUGAAGAAAUGAAAUAAAUCCCCACUUAUUUUCACAAUUAGCCGAAAUGAUUGCCAGUAUCUUUAUUCCAUCGCAGUGGCAUUACUCUACACACCGCUUGGCGAAGUUACAUCAUAAUAUGGGAAAUAUGAGCAGAUGUAGGCCACUUGGUCCUUCAAGCCUGCUGCAGCACGCCAUCAAUUUUGAUCAGCAUGUGUCACAGAUAGUAGAGCUUUCCUCGCUCCUCCAGGGGCCUGGUUCAUUCCUGGUUUCAGGUACUGUCAAAGUGGAAUUUGCACAUUAUACCUGUGACCAAGUGGGUUUCCUCUGGGUGCAAUAAUUGGAGCAGAAAGAUCUUGAAAUGUCAAAUGGGUGGAUUGGAAGUUGGUAUGCUCAUUCUGCAAUUUAACCCCCACACCUGUGUGCUAUUGAUACAGACAUGAGGUUCCUAAUGUAAUUCCGAUAGCUUAUUUUUUAUUUGGAGUGGAUGUGAGCUAGGGAUUCUCAGGUAUUAGUGAUGUUGUUGCAUUUUUACAUGCUUUAAGAAUAUUCUUGUAUCAUUUCCUCCAUCCACCUGGUAAUCUCCAGCCUUGAGAAAGUUCAGAGUGGUGUGUUUAUUUUGGAGUCUGGUGUUGGGAAUGACAUUGCUUACUCAUCAGACCUUUGUUUAACUAGUGCCAGGCAAGUCACCCUGGGAGAGGAUGCUGAUCUUAGUUCACUUACCUGCCAGUGAUUUGGGGUUUUUACAGAGGUAGUAUUAGUAGUAUCUCUCCAAUACCCUGAGGUCCCUGACAUUGGUGGCUCAAGUCUCAGAAGUAUACAGGAGGGCAGGGAUCACUGUCCUCCUGCAACGAGUUUCAUAUCUGGGAUGAGGUCUUGAUCAUCAAACUCCUAUUUUGACAGUCAUUAAAGAUGGUGUUGCUGUGCUGGAUUUCCUCAUUGAUAUCUGCCUUUGUUAAAAAAGUGGUAUCCAAAGAUAUGUGUGGUGUUCCAAGCCAAGACACCAGCAAAUUCUAAAUGCAAAAGCAGCUGAUGAUGAAAUAAAACUGAAAAUGCAUAGAACGCACAGCUGGUCUUUUUCAGAAUCAUCAUAGGUGAGGUGGCAGAAUGUUGAAAAUACAGUUUGAAACUAUUUAAACAUAAAAUUAUUAAAAGACCAAAAGGAAAUAACAUUGAAGAAGGGUCCAGAACUGAAAGGCCCUAGGGCAGCACGGUGGUGCAGUGGUAGAGUUGCUGCCUUACACCGUCAGAAACCCGGGUUCGAUCCUGCCCACGGGUGCUGUAUGUACAGAGUUUAUACAUUCUCCCCGUGAUCUAUGUGGGUUUUCUCAGGGAUCUUCAGUUUCGUCCCACACUCCAAAAACGUACAUGUUUGUAGUUUAAUUAGCUUUGUAUAAUUGUAAAUUGACCCAUGGGUGUGUAGGAUAGUGUAAGUGUGCGGGGAUCGCUGGUUAGCGCGGACUUACUUGGUGGGCCAAAAGGCCUGUUUUCACGCUGUCUCUAAACUAAACUAAGCCCUCUAAAUAACUGAGACAGCAGAAACAAAUGGGGUAUCAGCAGAAUUAAAUAUGGAAUAUCACAAGUGGAGUAUAAUGCAUUUCAUCAAGUACUUUAACAUAUAUAUUGUGAUAUAUGUUAAUUUAGAAUGUGAAUAUGUAAUAUAUCACAUACGUAAGACAUCAUUCUUCCUAUUUUAAAGCAUCGCAUUCUUAUCUGAAAUGGAAAAUGUAACCCACUUCUGAAGCUGUCAACAUUACAGAUGGAAAUAUAAGGAACUGCAGACACUGGAGUCUUGAGCAAGACAGAAAGUGCUAGAAUAACUCAACGGGUCGGGCAGCUUCUCUGGUGGGAAUGG